AUGAGGGAUCAGGUAAUUUUGGUAGAUGUGGACAUUCUCACUGAACUCGCUGACAAAUUACCCUCUAAUCAUGGACGACUGUCUCUUGUACAGGAAUUAAUUAGGGUAUAUGCCUUGCACAAAUACUGUCAAAUUAUUGAUGUUGUGGCACCUGUCGAUAAACGUGUCCUCACUCAAUACCACGAUGCCGAUUUCAUAAAUCACAUUUUUGCUCCAAGAUUGGACAUUGAUAAGCAAGAUGAACAUUACAAUCUGCUUUCAAAACGUUUGGAUUCUACUUUUCCUUUUGACAAAGAGUGUUUGAUACCGCAAGAUCAAACGGAGGAAGAGUUAGUGUCUUUGGAUGAGAAUUAUGGAUUAACACACGAUUGUUAUGUAUUUCCAUUCAUGCGCCAUUACGUUGCACUCACAGCUGCUUCAACAAUUGAAUUAGCCACUCAUAUAGCAAGAAUGGUCGUCAAUUCUCGAGAUUCGGAUGAUUUACAUAUCAGGCCUAUUGGUAUUAAUUGGUAUGGUGGUCGACACCAUUGCCAUCGGGCAAAAUGCUCUGGUUUUUGUUAUAUAAAUGAUGUUGUGCUUGGUAUAAAUGCAUUACGCAAAUUGACUUCUGCCACAGUUUUUUACCUCGAUUUGGAUCUUCAUCAUGGCGAUGGUAUUAGUCAGGCUUUUCAAUAUUCUAAAAAAGUGACAACUUGUUCGAUACAUAGGUUUGAUGUGGGGUUUUUUCCUGGAACUGGCGAUGUGAGAGCUUCUGUAAAUGGCGACUACAAUAUACCAACGAAAAGAGGUUUAAACGACGAAUCAUUGCGGUGGAUAGUUGAAAAUAUUGUGCAGCCAUUAAUUCAAAAACAUCAACCACAAUAUCUAUUUAUUCAAUGUGGGUGCGAUGGAUUAAGCACAGAUCCACAUAAAGAGUGGAAUUUAACUAUUUGUGGAUACGCAAAAGUUAUAAAGCUGCUUUUGGAUGCAAUAAGAAUACCAGUGAUUUUGUUAGGAGGUGGCGGCUACAAUUUCACAGAAGCUGCAAAGUUUUGGACCUAUCUUACAGCUUUGGUGACCGAAAUUCCAAUAAGUGAUACUUUAGAUGAUAUCCCUGAACACAAAUGUCUAGACAGUUAUGAGAAUGAUGGCUACCGAUUCUGGACUGACAGAAACACUCAACGGGGGAAAAUGAAUGAUGAAAAUGACCCAAGGUAUCUUGAGUCUAUUCGAGAUCAUCUAUUAAACUUAUAG